CCUUGAUCCGACCUUUCCUGGGUUUGCUUUUUCCCUCUACCAGUUCUUGUCUGCCUUUUGCUCUGUGCCAUCACUAUCCUUGCUCUGAAAGAAAAGAAAAGAAAAGAACAAAAAAGAUUUCCCACGGUUUCUCCUUUGGGUCGGCUGUCUGAACCACCUUUUUGUCUCAAUUCCACUUGUACUCGUAUACCGACCGGGCAAAAACAGCCCUCGCAUCCCUCGCAUGCACCCCCACGCACUGCAGGGGUCGAUUUCAUACUUCUACCGCCUCAAUGGCUCGUCACCUUUCUCGGCGCCUCAACCCCGCCGCGCCCAUUGAAUCCUUCUCGUCUGGCGAUACCAACGAGACACCACCCGGGGACUGCUCCUCCGCCGGCGGCCAUCACUGCUGCGGCUGUGGGUGUGCGGCAUGCUGGUGUCGACUGACGCACUUCAAGAAGGACGAAUCGAACCGCGAGGCCUACGGAGGCCAGGGAGGUCAUCAAAGUAACAUGCCCGCGCCAGGCAUUCGCCGCCCGGACCACGUCUCGAGCUUGAGCUUCGACUCUCCUUCGUCCUUCCAGUCCUCCCACACCUUGAGCAAUGGAAGCUUCAACAACAGCUUCGAGGUGCCGGCCCCGCUGGACGGACAUCAUCGUCAACCUGCGGCCGCCGUGACCCCCGACGGCGCCCAGCACGCCGCCGCGGAGACGGACGACGACGACCCUCAUCCGUGGUUCUCCUUCCUCGAGAGAGCCGACAGCCUCGACCACAUGUCCUUUGGAGAAGACUCGUCUGGCAUGUUCAUCCCGGGCCUGGCCGACGACUCGACCCUGGCUCGCGGGCCUGGCUCCAGCGUCGCCGACCGGUCUACCCUGUCGAGCCAGUAUGAAUCGUUCUUUGCGCUGCAGGGCCACCAGCAGCAGCAGCAGCAGCAGCAGCAGAGCACCACCGCCAGCCAAAACCUCGUCCAGGUCGGCGCCGCUUUCGACGACCAUGCUCCGCCCCGUUUCCUGCGCCUGACCCCCGAAUGUCGACACACCCUCCACCACCCAAUCUGCGCCCGAUGCAUGCACUAGCUCGAGCACGAUGUUCCUCCAUUAUUUCGGGUUUCUUGUCUCCUUUGUGUCAUUUUGGCGAGGGAGGAUACAUCGACUUCUUCGGCUUCGGCGUCCGGGAUGGAUGGGAUCAAUCGGACGUGUACCGUGUGGUCUCUCUCUUUCUUUAUCAUCAUCAUUAUCAUUGUAUGCUCGUAUCACAAGAGAUACAUGUAUAGUAAUAGCGGGUCACCCAUCAUCGUGGGGGACCCCUUCUUACGACGGAUGGAACAAUGGAAUGUCUUCAUGUCUUGG